UUCAGCAUCUUCUUGACUGCCAUCCUGGGCCUUCCCGAAGCUUUGAUCCCUGUCCAGUUGCUUUGGGUGAACCUGGUGACUGAUGGGCUGCCAGCUACGGCCCUCGGCUUUAAUCCUCCUGACCUUGACAUCAUGGAUAAAUUGCCCCGGAAUCCUAGAGAACCUCUCAUUAGCGGGUGGUUGUUCUUCCGCUACCUUGCAAUUGGAGUUUAUGUUGGGUUUGCAACUGUAGGUGCAGCUACUUGGUGGUUCUUGUAUGAUGCUGAAGGACCUCAUGUUACCUUUCACCAACUGAGGAACUUCAUGAGAUGCACAGAAGACAACCCCAUCUUUGAAGGCAUUGAUUGUGAAAUCUUCGAAUCCCGUUAUCCAACCACCAUGGCACUCUCCGUGCUGGUGACAAUUGAGAUGUGCAACGCACUCAACAGUGUGUCUGAAAACCAGUCGCUGCUCAGGAUGCCUCCCUGGCUGAACAUCUGGCUCCUAGGAGCCAUUGUUAUUUCUAUGGCUCUGCAUUUCCUGAUUCUGUACGUGAAGCCAUUCCCUCUGAUCUUUCAGGUGAUCCCACUUAGCUGGCCUCAAUGGGAGAAAGUGCUGCAAAUCUCUUUGCCAGUUAUCCUGCUGGAUGAAGGCUUGAAGUAUCUCUCCCGUAACCAUUUAGAUGGUGAGUGCCCUUGCAGCGGGAUUCCCCGUCAGCUUCGUGGCUUGUUAAUUGUGUUGCUGUAAGGCACAGCUUGGAUUGCAAAAGUAGAAGAGACAGUAUAAAAUAAAUACCAAAACCCAAAUCUUCCUGAUUUAAU